UAGCCCUUUUCUUUCUUUCUUUCUCCCUGUUGGUUCUUUUGCAGAUAGAUAGAAAUAGAUAGAUAGAUUUAUUCAUCACUCAUCGAUCCUAUUCUAUAAGCGAAAACUCUCUUUCCUUCGGUGGUUCGCUUUCUCUUUUCUUGCUUAUUUCAAAGGCCAAAGUGGAUACAAGUUUCAGAUGAGAUGGUAUGGAGCUAGAGGAUCAAAAGGCUUAUUUUCUGGAUAUAGAUAGUUUCAAUGGAUUGGUAGCACCGGCUUGAAACUGGAUUCUGCAUCAUGAUCGACAAAAUGUACACCGUUCAUCAUUGAUAGCCGUGUGUUUCACUUUUCGAUUUGGAAUACAAUCAACCCAUAAAAAGGAAAACAAUUUACCUGUCUUUUAAAGUUAUUAGGAUGUUGAAGCAGAUAUUGAACAGGCUGCCAAAGAAACCGGCUAAAACGACAGAAAGUCGUGAUGGGAACAGUUCGAUUGCGUCUUCCACUUCAUCUGGUUCGAGAACCAACAAUGGUGGAAAAACUGCAGCAAACACAACAACUACAUCUUCCUCAGGCCGUGGAGGUUCUGCUGUAAACCUUCCACAAUCGAAUAUAUCAGUCGCUUUGUACGAGGCACUGCCAAAUUUUAGAGACGUACCGAAUUCUGAGAAACAGAACUUGUUGAUUAAAAAGCUGAAUUUGUGUUGUGUGGUGUUUGACUUCACUGACCCGACAAAGAAUCUGAAAGAGAAGGACAUUAAAAGGCAGACUUUGGUCGAGCUUAUUGACUACGUCACAUCUGCAAAUGGAAAAUUCGCGGAAACUGUCAUUCAGGAAAUGGCUAAGAUGGUGUCUUCUAAUUUGUUUAGGACAAUGACUCCUCAACCUCGUGAAAACAAAGUUCUAGAAGGGUUUGAUUUGGAAGAGGAAGAGCCUUCAAUGGACCCAUCAUGGCCUCACUUACAAAUGGUAUACGAAUUCCUUUUGAGAUUUGUGGCAUCACCCGAAACAGAUGCGAAAUUGGCCAAGCGAUAUAUUGAUCAGUCGUUUGUUUUGAGGUUGUUAGAUCUAUUUGAUUCUGAGGAUCCAAGAGAAAGGGAGUACCUGAAAACUGUUAUGCAUCGCAUAUAUGGUAAAUUUAUGGUGCACAGGCCAUUCAUUAGAAAAGCAAUAAAUAACAUAUUUUAUCGCUUUAUUUUUGAAACUGAGAAGCACAAUGGUAUUGCUGAGCUUUUGGAAAUACUGGGUAGUAUUAUUAAUGGGUUUGCUUUGCCAUUGAAAGAGGAGCACAAACUAUUUCUUGUCCGAGCUCUAAUUCCACUUCAUAAGCCGAAAUGUGUGACUAUGUACCACCAACAGUUAUCUUAUUCCAUUACACAGUUUGUAGAAAAGGACUGUAAGCUUGCUGAUACUGUCAUAAGGGGAUUAUUGAAGUAUUGGCCGGUAACCAACAGUUCUAAGGAGGUUAUGUUUUUGAGUGAGCUGGAGGAAGUCUUAGAAGCAACUCAACCUCCCGAAUUCCAGCGAUGUAUGGUGCCCUUGUUUCGCCAAAUUUCUCGUUGCCUGAGUAGUUCACAUUUCCAGGUGGCUGAAAGAUCUUUGUUCUUAUGGAACAACGAUCACAUAGAAAACCUAAUCAAGCAAAAUUACAGGGUUGUAUUACCAAUCAUCUUCCCUGCCUUGGAGAAAAACACAAGAAACCAUUGGAACCAUGCUGUACAAAGUUUGACACUUAAUGUCCGCAAGAUCUUCUCUGAUAUGGAUCCAGAACUAUUUGAGGAUUGCUUGGUCAGAUAUCAAGAAGAUGAAGCAAAAGAGGGAGAGACUAAGUUGAAAAGGGAAGCUAUAUGGAAACGACUAGAGGAUGUAGCAGCAAUGAAAGCAGCUAAUAACGAACCAGUGUUGGUCACCACUCGGCGAAUUAAUGCCCCCGUGCCAUCUGGACGCCCUUGAUGUUUUCUUUGUUUUGUUCUGUUCUGUUUUUGGGUUUAAUUUAUAGAAGUGAGAAAGAACUAUGAUUACAUUGAUUAGUAGGUGGAGUACUCAUGGAUUGGUGUCAUUCGUGCUGCAUUUUGGGUUUGGGUUUUUUUCUCACAGGUGGAUGAGAAAUGAAGAUAAUUGUCUUUUGAAGAUGGUGAGAAGAAAACAAAACAAAGGAAAGGAAAAACAUCGUUUUGAAGGUACCCAUUACUUACAAUGUUAUGGGAUUUGGUUAGAUAGAUUUCUGUUCUUAUUUAUUAUAUGUCUUCAAUGAAACAUGUAUACAUAUGUAUUCUUCUGUCAUUCCCCCUUGUAUUGGUUAUAGAUAGAGAUGUGUUAUUAUUAUUGUCACUAUUACCAAAGCCUGGUUAAUCUGUUGGCUGAUACUAUAAUCCAACUUUUGUGGGUCAAGGGUUUGAUACAAUUUAGGAGCUGUCUGUCUGUGUCUGUCUUGUUGAUGAUGAUACCCUUACCUGAUAUUAUUAGUAUUACUUGUUUGAUGUG